AUGGGACGCGAACUCCGUCCACGAAAAUCCCGGCCGAGCUAUGCAGCCCUUCUUCGGCUAGAGGGGGAUGAGGCUGGACCGUCCAUGUCUGCGCGGGAAUUGGAAGAGGCCGAGGGGGACAGCGAGAGCGACUUUGCGCCCGACAUUGCCGUGCAGUCGGCCGCCGAGGACGAAGACGAAGACGAUGCGGACGCCGACGAGCUUGACGAAGAGGACGCUCCUGCGAAAGCGGAAUCCCCCACCCCCGUAUCCCGGCCAGCUACAAAACGCAAACCUCAGGAGCAAACACGGAAUGCAAAGGGCAAAGGCAAAGAGGUAGGCACGAAGUUCGCCAUCGAGCCCCGCCCGCGCGCGACCGUUCAGCUCGCACCGGGGCUUUCGCGCCCGCUGAACAGGCAGAUGUACGCGCUCCCAAUGCCCAGCUCGAACCACCGGCACCGCGCUGCGCCCAUCUUCAGGCGGCAGGGUAACGUCGAGAGGUUGCUCAGUCCCCCAAAGUUGUUCUCAGCGCCAAGCGUUACUUCCUCGCCGAACUUUACUGCGCACCCUGCUGUGAUGAACCGGCUGGGGAAGGCGUGGGGGUUUAAUGUGGGCCCUGGGCCUUUGUGGGAUUUGAUGGAGGAUAGGGCAUGGUAUAAGGAGGCUGUCUGUGGCACUGAGAACGAGGAGUGGGAGGGAAACAGAAGGCCGAGGGUAUUUUUCGAUCUCGCCAUGCCCGUGGGCAUGCGCCUUCUUACUCGAGAAGAAGCGUCUGCGUACUUGCCUUCAGACGUCGUCACCACCGAAGAAGGCGACCUCCGCCCGCCUCCUCCCGUUCGCUGCUUCUUCGGGCCCUACGGUAAACAGACGAAGCACGAGAUGAACAUAUUCGAUACACUGAGAAUAUCAGAACAUAUCCCGGGGAGUAAAGCACAUGUCUUCAACGCGGGCGCACCGGUCUGGGGACUGGACUGGUGCCCCAUUCACGCGGACGACCGACCUCACCGGUCAUAUAAACAAUACCUCGCCGCCGCACCCUUUCCCUCCCGCUCGCACUCACCCGACAUCGGCGCGAAAGUAUCAAGACCCUCCUACGCGUGCAUACAAAUCUGGUCGUUGAGUCCACCAGAGGACGUGGAGAUGGUCGACGCGACAGCUGCUCCGCCGGGAGAUGAUGACUUUGACCCGGGUCAUAUGCGUUGCGAGAUGGUGCUGUGCGUUGAGUCUGGGCCCGCGCACGAGCUCAAGUGGUGUCCCCUUCCUUCACACGAUAGCCGGAAGUUGGGUUUACUUGCAGGCACGUUCGAGGACGGCUCCUUGUCAAUAUACGCAGUGCCCGAUCCCGACUCCACCCCCGCAAACAGCGAUGCCAAUCAACCAAAGUUCGUUCAUAUUUCAGAACCUUUCCUUCUGAUUGAGCUAGAGGAGACUUCGUGUAUGACCCUCGACUGGGCAAAUAGCGAGAUCAUAGCCGUGGGCUGCACCAAUGGUUCUAUCGCCGUAUAUAAUGUCGGGGAAGCCAUCCGACAAGGUGUCCGCUCCAACCUCCUUCCGAUAUAUUACAUGUCAAUCCACCAGUCCGCCAUCCGGGGAUUGUCGUGGGUCCGCGUACCGCCCGCCUCGACUUCAGGCGCGCCGCUUACGGGGGAAGACCCAACGGUCAUCGCCAGCGGGGGGUACGACGGGCUCGAGUGUCUCACGGACAUACGCGACCCGCACGGGAACGUGUUCAACCGCACGCGAGGUUCGUAA